AUGCUAACGUUCAGAAGGAACGAGGGCAAGACGAAUAACUCACACGAGGUCACGCCCUUGGAAAAGCUAGACGGCGACUCGCCGCAAUGGAUUGACUGUCCGUACUGCUGCAAACGGGCACAAACUUCAGUCUCCAAGACAGGGACAAAACGCCAGCUGCUUCUUCGAGUGGUAUCAGGUUUCUUCUUCUUCGCCGUACUCUGUGUUCCAGGUGCCAUAGGAUGGCUUGAGGAUGUACACUAUGAAUGCGCCGAAUGCCACAGGACUGUUGCAACGAGGCCACAUAAAGGGCCAAUGAAGAUCUACAAUCCUGCUAAGGAAAGUAGGAAAAAGGAACACGAAGAGCAUAUGUGA